AUGUCCUCUGGAGCCAGCAGGAGCACCCUACAGUGCCUGGUGGAGCAGCUGAAGAUGGAGGCCACCACAAAGAGGAUCAAGGUCUCUCAGGUGUCUGCAGGGCUUCAACAAUACUGCCUGCAGAAUGCCUGCAAGGAUGCCCUGCUGAUAGGUGUGCAAGCAGGAAGCAACCACUUCAGGGAGCCCAGAUCCUGUGCUUUGAACACUGGACACUCUGAACAAUCGAAAGAAGUUCACCAAGGAAUGCCUUGA